CAUGAUUUAUUAGAUGAAAUUCAUGGUCUACGUAAAGGUAACACAGAGUUGGAGAGUCAAAUUGAUAGUUUAAGACAACGUUUGUUGGAUAGACAAGAAUCAACAGAAUCUGUUACUGGAGUACCAUUAACAUCUACUAGAAUAUAUCAA